AUGGAUCACCCCGUGCCCCCCAAUAAUGUUACUGAAUUUAUUCUCUUGGGACUCACACAGAAUCCACACUUGCAGAAAAUACUCUUCCUUGUCUUUUUGUUCAUCUUCUUAUUUACUGUGCUGGCCAAUUUGCUUGUGGUCAUCACCAUCUCCCUCAGCCCCAGCCUGUCUGCUCCCAUGUACUUCUUCCUCACUUACCUGUCCCUCAUAGAUGCCUCCUACACCUCCGUCACCACCCCUAAAAUGCUCAUCGACCUGCUCUACCGGAGGAGGACCAUCUCCCUGGGUGGCUGUCUGACCCAGCUCUUCGUGGAGCACUUCCUGGGUGGCUCGGAGAUCAUCCUCCUCAUCAUCAUGGCCUACGACCGCUACGUGGCCAUCUGCAAGCCCCUGCACUACACGACCAUCAUGCGUCAGGGACUCUGUCGCCUAUUGGUGGUGGUAGCCUGGAUCGGUGGGGUCCUGCAUGCCGCUGUGCAAAUUCUUUUCAUG